AUGGCAGGGGGCUGGGCUGGGGGCGAGGUAGGCCUGCAGCAAUUCGUACAGGAGGCGAAGGAAGAGCAGCAAGGGGCGCCCAAGGCAGGGGCAAAGGCCCCAGCCAAGAAGGCCGCAAAGCCCAGCAAAGCUGCCACUACCUCCCCAAAACAGGUGGCGGACGAGCCAGGCAAAUACCCCAGCAAGGAGUCCAUUGGACCCUUUUCUGGUGUGACGGGCGGGUUUGCUGGCGGCGAGAGGGGAGUGCAACAGUUUGUGGAGAAGGGUGACGUGGAGCUUGCGCCAGAGGGAAAGGGCAGCCGGCAGUUCUCGACGCUGAUCAUAGCGGGGGGCGCGGCGGUGGCGGCUUCGCUGGGGGGACUGCUGCUGGACGACGGUGUUAAGCUGGGGGAGGAAGCCGUGGAGAAGGGGGGAAUCCCGGGUGUCAACUUAUCUACAGCGCCUAUCGACGACAAUACGCGGCUGCUGCUGCAGGUCGCCGUCGGCCUCCUGGGCGUCGUUGGAGUGUCCAUCGGCGUGCGCGCGCUGGUGAAGCAGGUGCAGGAAGGUUCCGGGAAGCUGGCGGAGAAGGUGUUGGACCUGGGCAAAGUGGGUGUCUUCUGGCUUGGAGUGUUCAUCGCCGUCAAAUAUGUGCUGGAGUCCUCAAGCUAG